GUCACCCUUCAACACCUUCCAAGGUCCGGUCACACGCAGACGCACAACAUAUUCUUGCCGAAGACACGACAUACAGUACUACAUCAUGCUCGGCAACAACAAUCCUCUCAAGAGGACCUUCAAGUUCCUCUGCCUCACUGCCGAGCCAGGCAGCGUAUGCGCCGGCCUCCCAAAGAAACCUCGUCCCGCUCCACUAACACCACCACCACCGACGACGACGACGCAAUCUCCCACUUCCUCAAAGUCGGGCUUUCUCUGUCUCCCCGCUGAAUUGAGAAACCAAAUCUACUCCCAUGCCCUCGUGCAGCAAACGCCCAUCAUUCUCCCUUACGCCUACGAAUCUCGAAGCUCCUCGUCGUCAUUCAAAUCUCGCAGCAUCAGCAACAGCAACAGCGAAGAACCUCCUCUCCUCUCCACCUCCCGCGCAAUCCGCGCAGAAGCCACGUCCAUCUACUACGGCUGCAACAGCUUCGAAGCACCCAGUCACGCGUCCGCGUACAAAUUUCUCAAGCGGCUGAGUUUUGCGAAAAUCCAGGGACUGAGAAUGUUUCGGCCUGUGACUUUGGUUUUACCGCAGAGUGCUCAUACGAGGUGGGUGGAGAGUGUGAGAAGGAGUGUGAAUACGUUGGUGAAAGAGGUGGGGAAGGGCGCGUUGGCUGUGGAGGCGGUUUGUGUGCCUGUGAGGAGGGUAGGGACGGGGGAUCUGGGCUGGGUGGGUUUGAGGGAAGCGGGGUUCGUGGUUAAGAGGGAUGAGGGGAGUGCUGGGUAUUGGAGGAUUGAGGAUGGCGAGGGAAUAAUGGAAGAAGGACUCUGAUGAUGAGCUAUGGAUUUGGGGUGGCAGGGGCAUCUAUCUGCUUAUAGUAUGAUAUGAUUGCUUGAUACUGUGGCUCCCGAGAAAAAUACUCUCCCAUGCACCCAUGCACCCAUCAUCAAUCAUUUGGACAUGUCCUCGCGAAAGGACCUCAAAACCAAGGCUCGUUGAAAGCAAAUGCUGGGGAUAUUCCUCUCUAAACGGCAAGUGUGACGACCUUGCUCAUAUGAGCCUGACAAGCAAGCAUCUCGUUCGACCAGUCUUUGUCACAUUGGACAUGAGGCGGUCUGAGUGGUAGUCAAUAGCGUCGCUCCAGCGGGAGCAUCGUGUUUGUCAAUGGGAAGCUACCUUGCCUAGUUGGAGGACCCGACGAUGAUGCUCUCAGAGGGUCGCCAAAUAUACAUCACUAAUUCCGGUGCCUAUUUCGUGACUUAUUUUGGCUAGACUGUAGAGGCAGAAUAGUAAAUCAUCAGAUUGAAA